AUGGCUCCUCAACUCGACGGCUUCUUCAAGCAGGUUGAUACAUUAUCAGACCAUUUUAUUGACCGCCUCCGCAAAGCUGUUGCUAUUCCAUCUAUUUCCGCCGAAGAAGCUCGUCGCCCAGAUGUUGUACGCAUGGGAGAAUGGCUCGCAGACGAGCUGACCGCUUUGGGUGCAGAGGUUGAGAAGAGACCUUUAGGGAAACAGCCCGGAAAGGAGCACCUUGAUCUUCCACCUGUUGUGAUUGCUCGAUACGGAAAUGAUAAGAACAAGAGAACAAUCCUCGUAUACGGCCACUACGACGUUCAGCCAGCAGGAAUGGAAGAUGGCUGGGCGACGGAGCCCUUCGAGUUGACGAUAGAUAGCAAAGACAGAAUGUAUGGCAGAGGUAGUACAGACGAUAAGGGACCUGUGCUUGGAUGGCUCAACGCCAUUGAAGCCCAUCAAAAGGCCGGUGUUGAUUUUCCUGUCAACCUCUUGUGUUGUUUUGAAGGCAUGGAGGAAUAUGGCUCAGAAGGCUUAGAUGAUUUCAUCAAGGCAGAAGCAAAGAACUACUUCAAAGAUGCAGAUGCUGUGUGUAUAUCGGACAAUUACUGGCUGGGCACCGAAAAGCCAUGCCUUACCUAUGGUCUUCGUGGCUGCAGCUACUACUCCGUCGAGGUUUCUGGACCCGGUCAAGACCUCCACAGCGGUGUGUUUGGAGGGACCGCCCAAGAGCCCAUGACAGAUCUCGUUCGUAUUCUUGCAAGCCUGGUUGACACCAAUGGGAAGAUCCAGAUUCCCGGUCUUGCAGAACUUGUUGCUCCUCUCACCGAAGACGAAAAAUCAUUGUAUGGAGAUAUUGCGUUUUCUAUGGACAUGCUUCAUGAAUCGCUAGGGAGCACGACCUCUAUCCAUCCUGACAAAGAAAGAACAUUGAUGGGCCGAUGGCGUUACCCGUCUCUCUCAGUCCACGGUGUUGAAGGUGCAUUCUCACAACCGGGUGCCAAGACAGUCAUUCCCGCGAAGGUUAUCGGGAAAUUUUCUAUUCGAACAGUUCCAAACAUGGAACCCGAGGAUGUUGAUCGUCUAGUUUUUAAGUACGUUGAGGAGCAAUUCAACAAACUUGGUAGUAAGAACAAGAUGAACUGUACGCUUCAGCAUGCAGGGAAGUGGUGGGUUGCAAGCCCCAAGCACUGGAACUUCUCGGCAGCUAAGAAGGUGGAAGGCAAUAUUCCCGUCACUUUGACUUUUGAGCAAGCGACUGGAAAAAACGUUCUUCUUCUGCCAAUGGGUAGCUCCACUGAUGCCGCUCACUCUAUCAACGAGAAGCUAGACAAGAAGAACUAUAUUGAAGGGAUUAAGCUCUUAGGAGCAUAUUUGCACUACGUUGCCGAAGAGCCAAUGGAUAAAUAG